GAAGAAGAAGAAGAAGAAGAAGAGAAACCCGGGUAAAGCAAGCUCGAGCUGUUUUAGAUUGAAAGCAAAUAUGAGACCAGGUAAGUUUAUUUGAUCAAUUGAGUAAACGGGGAUACAUAAUUUAAAUGCCCGUCAAAGUCUUACUAUUAUGAAGGCCAAAUAUGUGUGAAAUUGUUUAAUCUUCCGGCCUGGUGUUGUGAGCAGUAGCCAUGAUUUCUCUCACACAACUUGGACGAAAAGUAAAUAGUGCAUGUAGCUAACUAUUCAGUUACAAGUACGACGUGUUUGUGUUCAAUUUCACUAAUUAUCAUUAAUAUUACAGUGUUUGGACUGUCUUUGCUUAUGCUGUGAUUUAACGCACAUUACCGCAAUGGUGCAGCCCGCAUGGCACGAAAACUAAACACGUGUUCCUCGCGAGCUCAUACGCGAGUAGCUAGCUAGCAAUCUAGGUAACUAGUGUUCGCACACAACACAAGUAUUCUUGUUAUUUAGCCUGAAAACGUGCCAUUUUGAUUUAUUUUUGAUUGCCUAGCCAAAUAUAGGUCAAACGUUAUUGGCACAUGUACUUUCAACCUGCUAGGAUUGGUAAGUAGGUUACUAACUAACUAGAAAAUUGCAUUAGCUAGAUUCAUGCACGGCAAUGUCAUGCUGUUUACCCAUUAUCUUUGGGUUACAGCCCUCGAGCUCAAAUGCAGUCUUCUAGUUAGCAGACAAACUAACACCGAGACAUAAAAAAAAAAUGGAAUAUUCUGUUCCAUUCAAUUUCCAAGUUCUUUGUUGUACCCCUUAAAUCCGCUAUUAGGGUAUCAAAUCAUCACAGGUGGUGAAAUGAACAUGUAUUUAGUCACUAAACUACUUACAGCUAUCAUGUCUGUAAGACAAAUAAAUAAGCAUGCAUUAGUUGUUGGGAUCUAUGAUUCUAUAAGUAAUCUACACUAUAACAUACACCAUCAAUCCGAAGCAUCUCAUUCAUUUGUUUACACCAGGCCCUGGCAGCAUACAGAUUUGAAUGUCAAUCUCAAUUUUCACAAUCUUCCUUCUUUCUUUUAGGAUUCAGCCCUCGGGGUGGUGAUCGAGGAGGCUUCAGAGGAAGAGGGAGCUUUGGAGACAGAGGUGGUGGACGGGGAGGUUUUGGCGAUAGAGGCGGACGAGGAGGUUUCAGAGGCAGAGGUGGUGGUAAGUCAAACAUAGCUAGAUUUUAUUUGACAUGUUUUUAAGCUUAUAGAUGCAUGCUCGUUCCGUCUUGUGUAAGUGUACCUGACUGACAAGCAUUCUUAUCACAUUUUCGAAGUCAAGUCAACCUCGUGACUUAACACAUGAAAUUUCUUGCAACUGCCAUGUAUUAAAAUUUGGGCAAGAACUGGACAUUAAGUGUUAUUUGCCUGUUACAGGAGGUGGAUUUAGGUCUCCAAGUGGCGAGGGUGGCUUCAGAGGCCGUGGAGGUGGUCGUGGCACCCCCAGGGGUAGAGGUGGACGUGGGGGCUUUGGGGCGGGCAGGAAAGUCACAGUGGAGCCUCAUAGACAUGAGGGUGAGUGGAAACGUCGGGGAGCUGUGCAAUACAAGCUGUCUCCAGCAGAGGCCUGUAGUUGCACUAUUGUUUGUAUUGUUCAGCAGCACCCACUCUAUGCACAAUUUCUUAUUUAUUUUCUUAAACUUCCCAAUGUAUCGGAGUGUUGUAAUUUCAUAAGUCCUUUUUUUCCCACCCUCAGGAGUGUUCAUCUGCCGUGGUAAGGAAGAUGCCCUGGUGACAAAGAACAUGGUGAUUGGAGAGUCUGUGUAUGGAGAAAAAAGGAUGAAUGUCGAGGAAGGGGAAACAAAGAUUGAGUACAGAGCGUGGAAUCCUUUCCGGUCAAAGCUGGCAGCAGCCAUCUUGGGAGGAGUUGACCAGAUCCACAUCAAACCUGGCUCGAAGGUCAUGUACCUGGGAGCCGCAUCAGGGACGACAGUGUCCCACGUGUCAGACAUCGUUGGACCUGUGAGUAUAUUUUUCCCACAUAAUCUUGUUUAGAACUAUUAAAACGUUUAUCACAAUGAAGUGUGGACCUUCAUUCCUUUGACCCCUGUACAUGUAAUGACAGACUUUUCCUCUCUGUUUUGCAGGAGGGUCUUGUGUAUGCUGUAGAGUUCUCUCACAGGUCAGGACGUGAUCUGCUCAAUGUUGCCAAAAAGAGAACCAACAUCAUUCCCAUCAUUGAGGACGCCCGGCAUCCACACAAAUACCGCAUGCUUGUUGGUAAGUCAUCAAAAUCAUACACUGAUGCAAAAAGGCUGGUGGUUUAUGGAUGUUUUACUAACUCUGGCUGAACCCUCUGUGCAGGCAUGGUAGAUGUCAUCUUCGCUGAUGUGGCCCAGCCUGAUCAGACCAGAAUUGUUGCACUCAACGCUCACAACUUCCUCAAGAACGGAGGGCAUUUUGUCAUCUCAAUCAAGGUAAAACACAGACUGUGCAAGAAGCUGUGUUAUUCAGAGUUAGUGGUGCUAUCUUCGGGAAUACUAUUCUUAAGCAGUCAAACUAAGAUAUUAGACAUUGAACUGCAAAGCUUUUGAUUUUAGGAGCAACCUAGAUUACUGUUACUGAGGGCCGUGUUUCAGGUGCAGUGGGAUUAAAGUAAAUUUGUCUCGUCUCCCUCCAGGCAAACUGCAUUGAUUCAACGGCAGCACCGGAGGCUGUAUUUGCUGCGGAGGUGAAGAAGAUGGGCUCAGAAAACAUGAAGCCCCAGGAGCAGCUGACACUGGAGCCUUAUGAGAGAGAUCACGCCAUCGUAGUAGGAAUCUACAGGUGAGGAAAUGCUUGUUUAUAAAUAUACACGGGUCACGUAAAAAAAUAUUUUACAGUGUUCUGACUGAUGUGUAGCUACUUUCUCUGUAAAAUGCAAGAUUAACUUGAAGCAAAGCAUUAGGAAAUGUAGCUGGCUACAUUCUUUCUAUGAUAACCAUUAGAAAUAUGAUGGCCAUGCAUUGUUUUUGCAAAAAAAUACCUUGCUUUUUCAUUGUAAGCACAUUUACUUGUGUGGGUGCUAGCCAAUCUGACGAAUGAAGCUAUUUUCUGCCGAAUGGGUUGCACUAAUGUAUUUUCUGUGAUGGACAACUAGUUGCACGCCCCUGGUCACUAUUGAAGAAAAAGAAAAAAAACUCGCUUUUGAAAUGGUUUAAAGUGCAGAUUUUGGUUUAAAUUCAUCUCUAUACAUCUGAGUUUUGGCAUCAAGUUCAUUUCAAAGCUUUUACGGAAUGUUUUCUUUUGAAUUUAUCAAAUAUUAUUUCUUACAGACCUGCCCCCAAGAUUAAGAAGUGAACUGGCCCUUCGCUGUGGCAUAGUGACUUUUUCUGUGGACCCACCUCUGCCACGAGGGGGAACUGCUCAGCACCGGGAUUUAGCGAGGCACUGAUUGGACCCCAACAUGCUUACACCCAUAUCUGAACUGUCCAUUUUAGUAUGCCUGUCUCCAGAACUCGGACGGUUGCUUGUCUGUCGCUUUAGAAGUACAUAACUGUCUUUGUCUGGGGAGAGGGUGUUGGGGUGGAAUUCACUUCCCUAAUUAACUCUGUAGUGCCAUGUAAAGUACUGUACAGAGGGAAAGCCUGAUAUAUUGAUUUAACUUUUAGUUUUGUUUAAUAUUCACAUUAAUUUGUAAUCUGCUUUUAAAGAGCAACUAUUUCAGUUUAUCCUUGAGUCACAAAGUCAGAUGUAUAAUGUUCUUGCUUGAUGUUAAAACAAGACUGACUUACACCCAUGUGUAUGUUUGACUUAAAUGUGAUAUUGUACCUUGACUUUUUUUUAUUAAAACAGUGUGAUUGUAUA